CUAGGUCUGGGGGAAAAUUCUAGGUUUAGCGAGCUCUUCACCAUGGAUCUUUGGCUGAGUUCUCUCAAAAGCAAGGCAAUCCAGGACGGGCUCUGUUUCCCAUUGCUGAUCGACAUCACGGAGGAGGCAGAACUGCAUGUGCCCAACUGCUUCUCCACCCUCCCGGACGAGCUCAAGCUCGGGAUCAUGGCGCGACUGCCGGCGGAGGCCCUGGCGAGGAUGGAAUGCGUGUGCGCUGGCCUCCGGAGCCUGUCUGCCUCCAGCAAUCAGCUGUGGGAGGCCAAGUACUGCGAGGUGUUCGGCAAGGUCGUGGUGGCGGAAGCAGGGUCGAGUUCUUCGGUGGAGAAGAAUUGGAAGAAGCGGUUCACUAGGAGAGCGGAGAGGAAGAUGAAGCUUGCCAUAGAACAAGAAAGAAGGGCAGGGGUUCAAUGAAAUUACUGGGGGGACCGAUGGCAACAUCGUCCUUGUCGGCCUGUGAAAUGGAAUUGGAAGUGUGUUGACUAGGACUUUCGGCAAUCCUCUAGGAAUUCUGGCAAGGCAAUUGGGGCAUACUUUACACAAGGUGACUGAUAAGUGUCCUCUUUAUGAACCUGAUGGGAAGCCGGUUGAUCUAGAUACAUACAUGAAGGUCGAGGCAGCAUUUAAUCGAUUGUUGGAAUAAGGAAAUCCGAGAGUGCCAAUCAACUCUCAGAGGUGGGAAUUUCGCAUCAUAGUUCCUUUGCUCUUUUAUCUCUUUUAAUGGGCGCCUUUUUGUCGGCCUUAAUGGCUGUUUGGUUGCUGAGGUAGUUUACUCAUGUAUGCAUGGUAGCUAAGAAUUGUCUCUAUACUUGGUACAAGAGUUUUCACAUCAAAAGGAUUGAAAAACCAGAGAGAUGAUGAUGGAUAAUCAGGUGCCGCCACCUGCAGCAUCUCCAACUUAAGAUAAUGGUGGAGAAAUGAAAGAGUUGUUCGGUGGAAUUGGACAAGUAAGAAUUUCAAGGAGGGAUGAACUCAAGGUGAUCGACACUUUUCAUGGUGGUUAGAUCUAGUUAAUUGAGACGAUAUCAAGGUGAGUGUAAAGGGGGUAAAUUCUACGCCUUACGUAUUCUUUUAAGUAUUAUGAUUUUAAGUAUUUUAGCGAAUUGGUUACCAUUGCUUAGUUAUGUGUAUGAUUGAUUAUUUGUGCUUUGCUUGAGUUAUGGUUUGAGGUGAUUUUGUGCUAUUUGAUGUGAUAUGAGGUGAUUUUGUGCUAUUUACCUUAAAGCGUUAUGUUUGAGUUAUUGUUAAAGUUUAAGAAAAAAGUUCUUUUUAAGAAGUAACUCACCUUCAAGAAGGUGAAGUCGUUUUAAGUAUUUUUAAUCACUGGCGCCAGUUCGUUGCCAUUUGAGAUUUUCAGAUAGAGCAGCAGUUACGCUCUUGAGAUCUUUGAGACAGAGCAGCAGUUAUGCUCUUGAUACUUCUAAAAUGGGCAGCAGUUAUGCCCUUGCGAAUCGUGGUGAAGAGCCACCACGGUAAGUUUAAGAUGUUAGGGGAUGAAUCGUUACGACUUCCCUAACUAAGUUAAGUUUAUGGAAAGCCUGAGUGGCUUCUCAUACGUAUGAGUUGGCAACCGGACUAGCUAGUGAGGGAUCCCCGUGUCAGUCAAGUAUUUAAGUCAAGAUUUGAGCUUUAAAAGAGGAGAGUAACUUCAACUCCCUCAAAGUUUAAGAGUUAAGAUUUUAAGAUUGGAAGUACAAACAACUUCCACCAGUUAAGUGUUUAAGUAAGUACUCAAGUAUUAGAAGUAUUAAAAACGUAAGGGCGUA